UAGCUCAUUUUAUCGGAAGUAACCGUAUCAAGUAGUAGUGUGAGAUAUACAAGUAGUACUAGUAGAACAAAUUAAUUAAAAUAAAUCGGUGAAAUGGCUCCAAAAGAAACCGACUGGGUAGAAGGAGCUCACGAGCGUGCAUCCCAGAAGAAAACUCACGUUAGUUUUCCUCAACUAAAGUAUCCUUCCUUGAGAGAUGAAGGUCUAAGAGAUCCUUUGCAAUGGCUCACCGGAAAAGCAUUGGAUGAUGGUGCAGAAGAUCUAUGGCGAAUACAUGACAAGCUUUAUGAUUUUACAAGUUUUAUGAAGAAACAUCCUGGUGGGGCAGAAUGGUUAGAAUUGACUAAGGGUACUGAUAUAACAGAAGCUUUUGAGUCUCAUCAUAUAAACCCGACAACCGAGAAGAUGCUAAAUAAAUUUUAUAUAAGGGACGCAAAAACACCACGAAAUUCACCCUUCACUUUCCACGAAGACGGUUUUUAUAAAAGUCUGAAAAGAGCAGUUCAUGAAGAGCUAAAGAAAAUACCAAAGGAAGCAUCCGCUACGGCGGACAGAAUAACUGAUGGACUGUUUGCAACACUUCUAUGUAGCUCCUCUUUAGCUUGUUGGUGCGAAAAUUAUUUUAUAGCGACGUUUUGGUACAUUAUUGCAUCUGUGAGCCUCGCAAUGUUAACAGUGACUUGUCAUAAUUUUAUUCAUCGUAGAACAAACUGGCGAAUGUAUCUUUUUAAUAUGAGUAUGUGGUCUUACAGAGAUUUCCGAGUAUCUCAUGUGAUUUCGCAUCAUUUGUAUACAAAUACAUUAAUGGACUUAGAAAUAAGCUCCCUUGAACCAUUCCUUUUUUAUAAUCCGAGGGAAGAUAAACCAUUACAUGCUAGAUUUGGAUUUAUUACGGAAUACUUUUUUUUCCCUUUCUUAUUUCUGUUGACCUUCACUAAAAGAUUUCUAAGCAUAUUCCUACGGAAAGGGUUUUUCAAGGCGCAUUACCGCUGGCACGAUGCCAUUGGCUUUUUGUUACCGUUAUGCAUGUGGUUCACAAGUGGCAGCGCUUUCCUCCAUGUACUUUACACGUGGCUUUGGAUCAAUUGCACUGGAAGUCUUAUUUUUUUCCUCAUCGCUGUUAACGCUGCUCAUCACCAUCCAGAUGCUCUAAAGGAUGGCGACCAACCUAAAAGCGAAACUCCAGACUGGGGUGAACAUCAAGUGGAAGCACUUCUUGAUCGAAAGGAUAUUAAUGGAAACACAUUUGCUGUUAUGACGCUCUUCGGGGACCACGCAUUACAUCACAUGUUUCCGACAAUAGAUCACUCGAUUCUUAAAUAUUUACACCCGAUUUUUAUAGAAUUCUCUGAAAAAUAUCAAACAAACUACAGGGCGUCGACACAAUUUCAAUUAGUCAUCGGGCAGAUUAAAGAAACAAUGCGAACCGAGUUCAAAACUGUUGAUAAGAGACCAUUGUAUCCAAAAUAAUUAUGUCAUUUAAAGAACUACGACUUUUCAUCUGAUCCUCUUAUGCUUCAUUUAUCCAACCAAACACAGUUUUAUGUAACGUAUAAGUUAAUCUAAAUGAAGGUUUAUCGGUUAAGACAAUAAACGUAAAUCCUAAUGGAUG